AUGUGCCACAUUCUUCGUCCUAACAAUGUUGUCUCAUUAUUUUUAUCUGACGAUGAUGAGACACCAGGUCAAAUCGGUUUGUUUCUCUCUUUGUUUGACAUCUAUCAAUUUACUCGACUUCGAUCACUAGCUGUUUUUUCAAACAAUGAUGAUAAUAUAGAUGAAAUUCUAAAUUAUGCAAGUCAUUGUUCACUCAUUUCACUAUCAAUUGAACAAUCAAGUUUUUCGAAUCAUCGAAAUACAAUUUUAAAUCUUCUAUUAUCGACUAUAUCACGAUCAACUUUACGAAAAUUGACAUGUACAAAUAAUUUUUUAUACAUUGACAAUUUUCAGUGGCCUAAAGAAUCCAAUUUGAAAUAUCUGACAAUUGAUCAUUGUACACGCAAAGAUUUUUGUACUAUUCUUCGUCAUUUGCUCCAUCUUCAAACUAUUGUACUACGUCAUUUCAAUUUAGAUAUUCAUAGUGAAUAUGAAUAUCUUUCGAACACCUACACACAAUUAACCUCAUUAACAAUGCAACAACUUUUCUUCUCAAUGGAUAAAAUCGAAUCCUUUCUUUACCUAACACCUUCACUUGUUCAUCUAAGACUUGAAGGUUGUGCAGAUGAUGCUAUAUUCAAUGGUUUUAGAUGGGAAACAUUGAUUCGAACAAAAUUAUUGUCAUUGAAUCAAUUCGAAUUUAGUUUUCGUUCACAAAACUAUCGUGCUGUUAAAAUGAAUGCAACUCAAUUUCGAACACCAUUUUGGCUCAACGAAAAACAUUGGCCUGUCUAUGGUAUCUACGAUUAUCCAAAAGAAGAAAUUCUUCUAUGUUCAACACCAGAUAUUUUAACAGAACUUGAAUAUAAUUUUGUCGGUCUAGUUGUUAUUUCUAAGACAAUUCAAAAUGUUUCUGUAAGUAUGCAAGUUGUUAGAAAACUAUAA